UUUUCUUUGGAAGAGGAGCAGUAGAUGUGUGGUUGGUUGGUUCUUUUUCAGGAAGAGAGCGGAGCACUCUGUUGAGCUCUCUUUCUCAAUGUGGAUUUACAGUUUGGUGGUCGAAGAGGAGCGAAUGAGCCUACAUCUCUCGGUGGCAGGGGGUGAAAGACGCCACAUUUUUCCAAACUAGGAUUUAUGCUUAGAGAAGAAGAAGCUUGCCUUGGCUUAGGGGCAGGGGCAGUUUCUCUUGCACCCCAGGAUCAUGGCCUGGCUGUUUGCUAGAAAUUGUUUCGCAGAAAUUGCCCCAGGAGGCAAAUUGUCCUCUUACAAAUUCAGAGCAUGGAGCAAAGGGGCUCUCACUGCAUACAUGCCGGAGGCCACCUCUUUUCCUGGACCAAGGGACCACCACGGGUUGUACCAGGUGUCUGUGGAACAAACAGAUGCAUUCUGGGGAGCACUAGGUAGAAGCCGGCUUCUGUGGAUCAAUCCUUUUCAUUCUGUCAGUAACUGUAACCUGCAGCAGGGCCACCUGUCCUGGUUCCUUGGAGGGCAGCUGAAUGUAGCAGUCAACUGUUUGGAUAGGCAUGUCCACAAAGCCCCCAAUAAAGUUGCCCUGAUCUGGGAGAAAGAUGAGCCUGGGCAAGAGGAACGGAUUACAUACAGAGAAUUGCUAGAGAUGACAUGCCGCCUUGGGAACACCUUGAAGCGACAUGGUGUGAAGAAAGGUGACCGAGUCACCAUUUACAUGCCCCCGUGUCCGAUGGCUGUGGCAAGUAUGUUAGCCUGUGCCCGAAUUGGAGCAAUACACACAGUGGUAUUUGCUGGAUUCAGUUCCGUUGCAUUGGCUGACAGGAUCCAUGAUGCUCAGUCUGAAACUGUGAUCACAGUCAACCAAGGCUUGCGAGGGGGCAAGUUGGUUGAGCUAAAGCAGACAGUGGACCAGGCUGUCGAAUUGUGUCCAAAUGUGAAGCGUGUUUUUGUUUCAAGGAGGACUGAUAAGAAGGUGCCCAUGUCAGGCCUGGAUCUACUGCUGGAGGAGGAGAUGAUGAAGGAGGACGUGACCUGUGAGCCUGCUGCCUUGGAGAGUGAAGAUUUGCUGUUCCUUCUCUACACUUCAGGAAGUACUGGGAAACCCAAAGGACUGGUCCACACCCAGGCAGGUUAUUUGCUGUACGCUGCCGUCACGCACAAGUAUGUGUUUGACUACCAUGAUGGAGAUGUCUUUGGCUGCAUGGCAGACAUUGGCUGGAUCACAGGGCACAGCUAUGUGGUAUAUGGCCCUUUGUGCAACGGAGGAACUACAGUCCUUUUUGAGAGCACUCCAGUGUACCCUAAUCCAGGACGUUAUUGGGAAACUGUGGAGAGGUUAAAGAUAAAUCAGUUCUAUGGAGCCCCUACAGCUAUUCGCCUACUGCUUAGAUACGGGGAUGAUUGGGUAAAGAAAUAUGACAGAUCUUCGCUCAAAACCCUUGGAUCAGUGGGAGAACCUAUCAACACAGAAGCAUGGGAGUGGUACUUCAAAGUGGUUGGAGAUGGACGGUGCCCUGUGGUUGAUACCUGGUGGCAGACAGAAACAGGAGGCAUCUGUAUUACUCCUCGACCUUCAAAUCCAGGUGAUGAGAUCCUUCCAGCCAUGGCCAUGAGACCAUUCUUUGGCAUCAAACCUUCCCUUUUGGAUGACAAAGGGAAAGUCUUAACACAGAAUGAUGUCUCUGGAGCUCUUUGCAUUUCUCAGGCAUGGCCAGGCAUUGCCAGGACCAUUUUCAAUGACCACCAGAGGUUCGUGGAGACCUACCUGACGCCUUACCCAGGAUAUUUUUUCACUGGGGAUGGAGCGUAUCGGACAAGCAAGGGAUACUACCAGUUGACAGGCCGCCUGGAUGAUGUCAUCAACAUCAGUGGUCACAGGCUGGGCACGGCUGAGAUAGAAGACGUUGUGAAUAAGCACGGGGCAGUGGCAGAAUCAGCUGUGAUUGGAUUUCCUCACAAGAUCAAAGGAGAAGGUGCCUAUGCAUUCAUUGUGCUGAAGGAGGUCUCUAAUCUCUCUCAAGAGAGCCUGGCCUCUGAGCUUCGAGGGCUCAUCUCAAAAGAAAUUGCAAAGUAUGCAGCACCGGAAUAUAUUCAGGUCACUCAACGUCUGCCCAAGACUCGCUCAGGGAAGAUUAUGAGGCGAGUUUUGAAGAAGAUUGUAGAAAACAAAGCAGAUGAGCUGGGAGAUCUGACAACCUUGGAUGAUCAUGAGGUGGUGAAAGACAUCAUUGAGGGACACAAGCAGAUUCAGAAGCAACAGCAGGGGCGGUAGCUCAAAUGCUCUCUCAAGAAGCCUCAGAAAGAGAAUAUUUUGCAAGCAGCAGCGAUUCCACUGUGAAUGAAAUAAUUCCAAAGCAGCCAUCAGAAAAAACAUCAUUUUCCAAGACUGGGAAAGAUUGUGCUGAUUAAGGCUGGAUACAAAGUCUCUUCCCUCCCUCCCUCAGACUCCCAGCUGUGUAUGGGUUCCAAGGCUUAUGUAUUGUAGAAGAAAGUUGGGAAUUUACUUUUUUUGCAGUGAAAGUCUGCAGUGAAGAAUCUCCAAACUAAAUAAACUUCAAGUUAUAAAGAAAAUUCACACUGGAACAGACCUGCAAGUCUACUUUACUCCAGAUUCUGAGAGGGGGGAAACUCUCGGCUUUCGCCACUUGAAGCAUUUAUUGGGCAGGUAGUUAAAAGGAGAGGGGAGGAGGCAGUACGGAUGUAUGAAUAGAGAAAAGUAUACAGAAUAAUUGGAUUCUGUGCAGAGUUAAACCACAGAGUCUAGGGCUUGCUGAUCAGAAGGUUGGCAGUUCGAAUCCCUGCAACGGGGUGAGCUCCUGUUGCUCGGUCCCAGCUCCUGCCAACCUAGCAGUUCGAAAGCACAUCAAAGUGCAAGUAGAUAAAGAGGGACCGCUCCGGCGGGAAGGUAAACGGCGUUUCCGUGCGCUGCUCUGGUUCGCCAGAAGCAGCUUUGUCAUGCUAGCCACAUGACCCGGAAGCUGUCUGCGGACAAACGUUGGCACCCUCGGCCUAUAGAGCAAGAUCACCGCCGCAACCCCAGAGUCGGACACGACUGGACCUGAUGGUCAGGGACCCCUUUACCCUUUACCUUUAUACAUAAUAAUUGGAUUCUGUGCAGAUCCGGGGCCUUACCGUGACUUAUUCCAGAUUCUGGACUUCAAAACAAUAUAGGACAAACACACACGUUUUCAAGCUUUGUCUUUCAUGUCACUCUUCCCUUUUAUUAUUCUAAUCCAAUAAAAAAUCCAAAUCAAUCCAAAGAAAGUAGCCCUUGCAGUUGGCAUUAGCCCACAGAUUCCCUGCUAGACAGCUGUAUCCAGAGCAGCUCUGGUCUUUAAUCAGUGGCUGAAACUACACAUGUGCAUUUCCACCUGUCUCAGUGAGACACUUCAGUGAGGUCCGUCUGGACACCUGCCUCAGCUGCAGAUAUUAAUUACUGCAUGUAAUAUUGCUGAAUGUAUUGCAGCCUUGUCAAUUACAUGCCUGCUCUGCUGGUUCAAAUGCUGACCCUCCAUGGAAACUAAAGAUGUGGAGGAAGUACACCAGGCUUCCUCAACCUCAGCCCUCCAGGUGUUUUGGGACUAUAAUUCCCAUCAUCCCUGACCACUGGUCCUGCUAGCUAGGGAUCAUGGGA